CCCGAGCCGUGCCCCAAAACUGUCCCCCUACAUACACUGGAGUCAGAUGAUCAUUUGAUGGGGAAAACGGAUCGCAUCUGUUUGACUGUAAUCCUAUACCUCUGACCGCACCACGCCGAGCAAAGAGCCAGAGAGGGGGCGGGGCUAGGAAGUGGGGGCAACGCCGACAGGUUGAAGCCACCCGGAAGUGGGGCAGGAGGCAGCUAGCAUGGCGUCGCUUCGCUGCAGGAAAGACCCGUGCGGGUUGAUCUGCCUCAUGCUGACAUAUCUCAGCGUUUCUUACGCCGAUUAUGUGAUCAUGCAAUAUGUGCUCAUCCCGGUGUACUCAGACAGUUUUUGGUUCUGGUUCCACGGAGUGGUGUUCAAUCUCAUUUUACUCCUGCUGUUAGCUUGCCACUUCAAAGCUGUGUUCUCCGACCCUGGUAUGGUCCCGCUACCAGAAGCGGCGAUUGAUUUCUCUGAUCUGAGAUCACAGUCUUCCAGAAACAACGACAGGGGCUCGUGUGAAGGCUGGACUCUCUGCAAUCGCUGUGAAACCUACAGACCUCCCAGAGCGCACCACUGCAGGGUCUGCCAGCGCUGCGUCCGCAGAAUGGACCACCACUGCCCCUGGAUUAAUAACUGCGUCGGAGAACUCAAUCAAAAAUAUUUCAUUCAAUUUCUCUUUUACACGGGACUAUCCAGUCUGUACUGCAUAGCUCUGGUGGUGGUGACCUGGGUGUGGAGGUUCCGGGGGGAGAGAGAGAGAGGAGGAGAGAGCGAGACCGCGGCCAGCAAACACUUCAUCAUAGCUCACUACAUCAUUCUACUGGUGGAGUCCAUUCUCUUCGGAGUGUUUGUUAUGGUCAUCUUUUAUGACCAGCUGGUGUCUAUAAUCUCGGACGAGACCCCAAUUGAACAGGUCAGGAACCGACUGAUGAAGGACAAGGGUGCGAGUCGACCACACCCCUGCAAACCCACACUGGCUCUGCUGAGGGAGGUGUUCGGAAGAGGCUCAAUGCUGUGUUGGCUCCUCCCACUCCACUCCAGUCCUCCAAUGGCUGGAGGAGUCAUCUACUCCGCUCUGCCUGAUUAUGACGUAUAGCGGUACUUCCUGUCUGCCGCCGUGAGGUCACUUCCUGUCUCCCAAGGAGUUUGCGCUAUCCAUAUCCUGUUUUUCUUCCUCCUGGCGCGGACUGGAGCGACAUCACUUCCUGGUUGGCGGGAGGGGGGGAACCGAGGUGUGACAUCACUUCCUGUGAGGCAGAAUGAACUGUGGGAGGUUUUGGAGUGUCAUUUCCUUUUUAAAACGACUCAUCGGUGACCUCAUUUCCUGUGUGUCUCUUUCCUUUUCUGGUAUUGUAUAAAUAUAUACAUUUUUUUGAGAGUAAUUAAUAUCCUUCUUGUUUGUGUACAACUCCAUUGUUCUAUGAUGUCACUUCCUUACUUGUAGAAUUAUGACGUCAUCUCUUUUCUGACAGAAUUCUGACCUUUUUUUUUUUCCUUGAAAAGCCAUUUAGAAGGAAGAUGAACGUUGAAAAUGACAUUUUAAAAACGGCAGGUGUUUCUGGAGAAAGAUGGGAAAGGAUCAAACAAACAGAAACCACUCAUUUUAAAAGCAUUGUAUUAUUUAUUUUGAAGUUGUUGUGUAUUUAUUUAUUUAUUUUUUUUAAAUCUUUGCAAUGUAUUGUAUCGUACUGAUAACUGUAUUUAAAUAUCUGUGAAUAAAGUUUUCAUUCAAACGUGUAA